AUGCCUGUGUGCCUUCAGAGGCCCAUUGCUUCUCUGCUUUCAGUUCCUGGCGUGACAUGCUCCAGCAUCACUCAGGCUCAGUGCAAGGAUCCCAAAUGGCGUGAGAUCAUCGCACGUGACUGUUUUUUCUUUUUGUUUUUUUAUUUAUUUUUUGUCUUUCCCCAAUCAGAAGCGAUUUGGAUGACAGUCAAAAUCUCAGGAGGAUGUGUAGAUGCAGCCAUCGAGUGCGCUAACGAUAAGAGCAUCUGCAGAAACAUUGACAUGCAGGCAUUCACAAUGGCUAACUGCAAGAAGACAUGCGGCUAUUGUGAAAAUUCAUCUUCUACGUCCCCAGGAGGUUAUACAGGAGGUUAUACUAACUCGCCAGGCACAUGCGUCGACAACAGUUCACGGUGA